AAGGAACUCGCUGAUCAUUAGCAAUCAGCAAUUAAAAAAAUUCAAAUCCCACGUUAAAAAAAUGCAUUAUUGUUACAAGCCAAAUUAAUCAUCAAUUAAUGUCUCUUAUGCUUUAAACAAAGCCUCCAUCAUCAACCACCCCCCCUCUCUCUCUUUUCUUCGUUCUCUAUUUUUCGCUCUAGCUCCACGUUUCAUUUCAAACUAGGAUUUUGAUUUGAUCCGUUUGGAAAUCCGUGCACGGUUCUUCUAAUUUCAUCUUCAAGCUGCAGCUUCGCUGGUUGAGAGGAGUUUUGUGUUUUGUUCCGGUUUCUGUGUAUUGGGAUUUGAAUCUGCUAGGGCUUUGUCGUAUGGCUCAUUCUACAGGGAGAACUCGGGUCGUGGCGGAUUAUUUGGUUGGUCGGCAAAUUGGGUCCGGUUCAUUCUCGGUGGUGUGGCAUGCUAGACAUCGAGUUCAUGGAACGGAGGUGGCGAUCAAGGAAAUUUCCAUGAGCCGGCUCAGCAAGAAAUUGCAGGAUAGUCUCAUGUCCGAGAUCUUUAUCUUGAAGAGGAUUAAUCAUCCUAAUAUCAUCCGAUUGUUCGAUAUUAUAGAGGUUCCUGGGAAGAUACAUCUAGUACUGGAGUACUGCAAAGGUGGUGACCUUUCCUUUUACAUCCAGCAGCGCCAUGGAAGAAUCCCUGAAGCAAUUGCUAAGUACUUCAUGCAGCAGCUUGCGGCUGGCUUAAAAAUCCUCCGUGACAAUAAUCUUAUACACAGAGAUCUUAAACCACAGAAUCUCCUGCUUUCUACAAGUGGCGACAAUUCAGUUUUGAAGAUUGCUGAUUUUGGAUUUGCAAGAUCUCUGCAACCUAGAGGACUUGCAGAAACCUUGUGUGGCUCACCACUCUACAUGGCUCCGGAGAUCAUGCAACUCCAGAAAUAUGAUGCUAAGGCAGAUCUCUGGAGUGUUGGUGCUAUAUUAUUCCAGCUUGUAACAGGAAGAACUCCAUUCACAGGAAACAACCAAAUACAGUUGCUCCAGAACAUUGUCAAAUCAACCGAAUUACAGUUCCCUUCGGAUAUUAAUGACUUGAGUUUUGACUGCAAGGAUUUGUGCAGGAAAUUACUGCGUCGUAAUCCAGUGGAGCGAUUGACAUUUGAAGAAUUUUUUAAGCAUCCCUUUCUGUGUGCAAAUCAACCUGAUGAAUCAUUGAGAAGUAAGAGGUCAUCGAGAUUACUGGAUGAAUUUCCUUUUUCAGAAUCUGAUCCUGCUAGUAAAAUGGAGGAAAAUUCACAAGAUGAUUAUCUACCUUUCUCUCUAGAUGACGAUUCUAGUGGUCCUGAAGGAAGUCCAUCCUCUAUAAGGAAUAGGUCGUCAGUGAAGUCUACUUAUGGAUUUUCCCCUGAUAAAAAAGUUAAUAGAGGGACCAGAGAUACUACUUCCAGGUACAGCAGCAUUCCAGAUAAAAUGGAAAGUGCUACUCUGAUUUCGGAUACUCGUGUUCAGUUGGAAAGAGAUGUACACUCUGAUAGAAGUUUGAACGAUGUGUUGAGAUCUGUGAACCGACGAUCAGUGAAUAAUCGGCCUAGAGUUGUGGAUUCACUGGAGCCGAUUGAUCAAGAUUAUGUUAUUGUGUCUGGACCCCCCAUGGAUGAUGCCUCAUCUACCUUGGCAAGUGGUUCCAAGCCAAUUCCUUCUCGCAAAUCACAGAGUCCUCAAACAUCAAUAAGUUUAGGUUCCGCAUUGACUGCACCAAUGCCUAUCAUUGGCAGAGCUACUAGCAGCUACCGAAUGGGAAGCUUGGGAAGUCAAAGUUCUGCUCCGGGGUCAAUGGAUAUGGAAGAUACUUUGGAACAGCCAUCUGCAAAUUCCAGGGCAAGGGUCAAGUCAUUGCAGCAGUCUGCAUCUACCAUUACAGAAUUAGUGAAAGAAAAGAUCACUGCAGGUAGACAACUUGAAGCAUUCUCAAUUCAGCUUGUUAUUCUUGCAAUAUGGAAAAAAGCUCUGGACAUAUGCCAUACGCAGGCUGCUUCAGCUUUAGAAGGAAGUCCAGGCCAAGGCUCUGCAGAAUAUAGGAGAAGCCUUAGCAAGAAGCAAGGAAGUUCUCUUGGAAAGGAAUCUCGUCUUAGUGUUAACUCACAUCAGCCAGUGGAUAUCUCUUCUCAAAUUGAGAGGGAGUUUCUUCGGGAAGUUGAAUAUGCUGAAGAACUUGCCAAGGUUGUUGAGCCUGGUAAUACAGAAAUGCCAGAUGCAAUAGAGACAGUAUUUCAAUCAGCCCUCGCUUUUGGGAGGCAUGGAGGCGUGGAGGAGCUCAUGGGUGAAAUGGAAAGUGCAGCUGCCUUGUAUUCGAAAGCUGCACAAUUACUGGUUUUCCUUCUUGUGGAAGCACCAUCUCUCAUUCUAAAUCCACCAUUUUCACUUACAAAUUCCGACCGAUUCAGGCUGCAAAAUUACAUUGAUAUUCUUUAUAACAGGCAAGGUUACUUAAGGUCUCAAAGAUUGGCUCUUUUGAAGUGCGAGAGUCAACAAAGUCCUCCCUGAAAAAAGAAGCCAAAAACUUCUAUUCUGUUCAGCAAGGAGCACUGUGUUGUGUAAAAUCAUUUCUUUGUACAGUGUAAACACUAUUGACUAUUCUUUUGAGUGAUAUGGAGGAGGUGGGGGCUGUGUUUCUUGGGGUGAUUGGAUCUCGACAAGACUUAUGCAAAGCUCUCGACUCUUUGUAUUAGUGGCCAUAAAGCAUGGUGUUCAAAUUCAUUUCA